GGCCGCGGCGGCUGGUGUGGGGUUGAGUCAGUUGUGACACCAGGAGCUGCUGACCCGACAGGCGGCCCUCGGGACCCGCGGCCCGGCAGCAGGCGCGGAGCUUCGGGAAUCGUGAGCCUGGCCCCGUCCUAGAGCUCCGCGGAGCCAGCGCUGCCACCGUCCCCCGCCCCCGCCAGCGAACCGCCGCCGCGGGCGCGCCCCCGCUCUGCGCUGUCUCCUAUGGCGUCCGCCUCCGGGGCCAUGGCGAAGCACGAGCAGAUCCUGGUCCUCGACCCUCCUUCAGACCUCAAGUUCAAAGGCCCCUUCACAGAUGUAGUCACUACAAAUCUUAAAUUGCAAAAUCCAUCGGAUAGAAAAGUGUGUUUCAAAGUGAAGACUACAGCACCUCGCCGGUACUGUGUGCGGCCCAACAGUGGGAUUAUUGACCCGGGGUCAAUUGUGACUGUUUCAGUAAUGCUACAGCCCUUUGAUUAUGAUCCGAAUGAAAAGAGUAAACAUAAGUUCAUGGUACAGACAAUUUUUGCUCCACCAAACAUUUCAGAUAUGGAAGCUGUGUGGAAAGAGGCAAAACCUGAUGAAUUAAUGGAUUCUAAAUUGAGAUGUGUAUUUGAAAUGCCGAAUGAAAAUGAUAAGCUGGGUAAAGCUCCAGGGAUUGCUUCAACUAUCACUUCAAUGAGCAGCAUCUGCAGUACAGUUGCAACACCUGCCAGUUAUCACUUGAAGAAUGAUCCCAGGGAACUAAAAGAGAUGAAGCAGAAUGAUAUGGAACCUAGCAAAGCUGUUCCACUGAAUGCAUCCAAACAAGAUGGACCCCUGCCAAAACCACAUAGUGUUUCGCUCAAUGACACGGAAACAAGGAAACUGAUGGAAGAGUGCAAGCGACUUCAGGGAGAAAUGAUGAAGCUCUCAGAAGAAAACCGACACCUGAGGGAUGAAGGCCUAAGGCUCAGAAAGGUAGCACAUUCGGACAAACCUGGAUCCACCUCGGCAGUGUCCUUCAGAGAUAACGUCACCAGUCCUCUUCCUUCUCUUCUGGUUGUAAUUGCAGCCAUUUUCAUUGGAUUCUUUCUAGGGAAAUUCAUCUUGUAGAGUGAAGCAUGCAGAGUGCUGUUUCUUUUCUUUUUUUUUUUUU